AUGCCAACCAAAACAUUUAUAAUAGAACAAGAUGGUAUAACCAUUGUAUAUAAACAAGGAAUAAUGGAUGAAUAUCCUAGCAUCACAGUCAAUGGUGAAUUAGUUAAUUACGACGAAGCGGAAAUGAAAAAAGGUAGAUGGAAUUUCUAUGCAGCUGAUAAUACUUACAAAAUCAGUUACUCUAAAUCAAUUUGGCAUUUUGUUUGUAAUCAAAGAUUAUAUAGAAAUGGAAUAGAUGUAGAGUCAAGAGAAACCUUUGAAGAUGAUUAUAGUAGUAGAUUCUGUAAAAUGUGGGGUCUUAUAUACUUGUACUUUUUCGUUAUACCGUUGAUCAUACAUCUAUUCUUUCUUGUCAUAUCUUCCAAUAGAAGAGUUGUCACCAUUCCAGCUAGUAAUCCACUUCCACAAGGAAUACCUUAUCAAAUCAAUUUCAAUGUACAAGGUGAAGGUUGUUCUCCACCAGAAUAUGAAGUACAGGAUGUUUAG